AUGUUUUUUCUGCGGUCACUACCACUUCUCGGCCUCGCUGCCUCAACAGCUGUGCUUGCAAGCCCGCUCUGUGCUCGUGGGAACUAUAAACAACAUACUCGCAAACAGGUCGAAAAGACGUUUGUCCAUCCUGGCAUCCUUCACACCGAGACCGACCUCGAGCGUAUGAAGACCUCAGUCGCCCAGAAGCUCGACCCCUGGUAUCCCGCCUUUGUCGCAUUCUCCAGCAAUGAGCUCUCGUCCUCGUCCUACACAAUGAUGGGCCCCUUGCCCUAUGUCGUAAGGAACGUUACAGGCACACAAACCGGCAAAACGGAGUUUAGCUAUGACGGUGUCGCAGCUCUCCAGAACGCACUGAUGUACUACAUCACCGGCGACGAGGCCCACGCCAUCAAGUCCACCGAGAUCCUAACCGGCUGGGCAAACACCCUAGAAAAGCUGAAUGGAACAGACGCGCAGUUGACCGCCGGCCUCUACGGCCCGCAGUUCGUCAACGCGGCGGAAAUCAUCCGUGCGUACUACGAUGGGUGGGGCAGCGCUGACAUUGAAAAGUUCAAGAGCAUGGUGCUGAACGUCCUCUACCCGCACGCUGCCCAGACGUGGCCUACCUCAUGGCAGCAAUACCCCUUCCUUGCCAACUGGGGCACCAGCGCCGAAAAGGCGCUUGUGGCGUUCGGCGUCUUCCUGGACAACAGCACAAUGUACCACGAGGGCCUCAACCACUACCUGCACCACGAGUGCGCAAACAUCACCAACCAGAUCAACAGCUUUGGGCAGAACAGCGAGUCGGGCCGCGACCAGGGCCACACCUCCCUCGGCCUCGGCAACAUGGCCGAGAUCUGCCUGACGGCCGAGAACCAGGGCGACGCCGACUACUGGGGCCUGUACGAGGACCGCCUGCGGACGGGCUACGAGUACACGGCCAAGUACAACCUGGGCUACGCCGUCGACUACGACCCGGCUUUCUACAGAUGCGGCGCGAACUUGGUCGGCGGGCCGUGGCAGGUCAUCUCGAAUGUGUCGAGGGCGCAGUUCCCGCCGGUGUAUGAGAUUGCAUAUGCGCACUACGCGCAGAAGGAGGGCAAGGAGAUGCCGUAUGUGAGGGAGCACCUGAUGGCGCAGAGCUUUGAGCAGACGAACACGUGGAAUACGAUGGGGGAUAAUGCGGUGUGGGGGACGCUGAGGUUUAGGAGGUUGGCGGGGAACCUUACUGCUGGGUCGGGCAAUUAG